AUGCCAGUAAAGGUGAUCCACACCAAAAUUACGACAUCUAUAACCCCAGGCCUCGAGUCUAUGACUACUGUCAGUUCCCCUCAGGCCCUGUUCCGGGCCCUGGGCCUUCUUCGUCUGCUGCAGCUGUCAUCUUCCUGCGUGACUUUCUCAAUAGUGGUCCACAUGGAAGCCUGGGCGGGCCCCAUGGGCAACUGGUGCCUGUUCUCCUGGUUCUUCAGCUUCUUCGUGACCUUGAUAAUCCUGAUUGUGGAGUUGACUGGACUGCACAGCCGCUUCCCCAAGGCUUGGCUGGAAAUCCCCAUCACCUGUGCCUGCUAUGCCACCCUCUUCUGUCUGACAUCUUCCAUCAUCUAUCCUACCACCUUUGUGAAGUUCAUGUCCCAUGGAUACGGCAAAAAUCAGGCUAUCAGAGCCAGUAUCUUCUCCUGCAUCGCCUGCUUGGCUUACGCGACAGAAGUGAUCUGGACUCUGGAAAGGCCUGGUCAUGGUGCUAGCUACAUGACCACUCCGCCGGGGAUGCUCAAGAUUAUUGAGUCUUUCAUAGCCUGCCUCAUCUUUGCUUUCCUCAGCAACCGAUACUUGUACAGGCACGAACCUGCCCUGGAAUGGUGUGUGGCCAUGUAUUCCAUAAGCUUCAUCCUAACCAUGAUGGUCAUCCUGCCGACCUUGGGGAAUUUUACCAUCACCUUCCCCAACUUCUUGAGAAGCAUAUCUUUCAUAUGUGUCCUCUUGUACUCCACCGCCAUGGUCCUCUGGCCUCUGUACCAGUUCAGUGCGGGAUUUCGUGGCCAGCCCAAUCGAGGAAAGGAUUCAAGCUGCGGUGGCUCCUACACAGUGUGUAGCUGGGACCGCAAACUGACAGUGGCCAUCUUGACCGGUGUCAACCUGCUGUUAUAUACAUUUGACUUUAUCAACUAUGGCUAG